AUAAAUUUUACAAUAUAAAUGAUUACGAACUAUUUAUAAAAUUUAUUUUAGAAACUGCUUGGAAGCGACCACCUCAUUCCCAGGGGUUAUUAUCAACCAUGUAUUCAUUUAUACUAUAAUAACCCUUUUUAUACAGUUUCAGCUUAACAAAACAUUUAAACUUGGUAAUAGAGAGAACCUGUACACUUUCCGGGACCUUCUUGUAAUAGCGUAUACAUUGCCCCAAGAAUGAAUUACUGACUCGAGUCGAGAAACUGGCAUCACUAGCUUGUGUUUUUUUCCUAGUGUUUACAGAAUGUAUAUCACUUUUUUUAAUAAAACUAUCUUUGUUUUUGUGAACAUACAUUAAAUUUUCGUAAAUAUACUGAGAGGCCAAAGUUAAUAUAUCAAUUUCUUUAAAUUUAUCUCUAAGAGACUAUCGGUUUUAGACUGUAAAUAGCUCUAAUGGCCCUCUUCUGUAAAACAAAAAUAGUUUCUGAAACAGCCGCAUUUCCCCAUAGCAAAAUCCCAUAAGACAUUAUGUUAUGGAAAUAACUAAAAUAAACUAAUCUAGCUCUCUCGACAAUAGUGAGACCUCUAAUCUUUUUUACAGCAUAGGCUGCAGAACUUAGUCUGCUUGCUAAUUUGGAUAUAUGGGGGCCCCACUGGAGCUUUGCAUCAAGAGUGAUGCCAAGAAAAACAGUGGAUACAACAGGGCUCAAUUCCUUCCCAUUUAAAAACACAUUGGUAUUCAGAUUUUUAACAUUCGUUGUUGUAAAUUUAACACAAUUAGUUUUAUUUCCGUUCAAAUGCAGAUUAUUAACGUUAAACCAAUGCACUAAUUUUGAUAUAGCAUUAUUCACUUCGUCACAUUUAAAUGAUUGACGUUUAAGUUUAAAAAUCAAGGAAGUAUCAUCAGCAAAUAAUACUAUAUCAUGACUAUCCCCUACAAGGUGAGGUAAGUCAUUAAUAUACACCAGAAACAGGAAUGGGCCGAGAAUCAAGCCCUAAGGAACACCCAUUAGUACAGGUGACCCGGAAGAACUUUUACCAUUGGUAAUAACCUUCUGAUUUCUAUUACUUAAAUAUGAAAUAAUAAGUUUAAGCGCUGUGUUCUUGACACCAUAGUACUGUAGCUUCCUGAUUAAUGUCUCAUGGUGAACACAGUCGAAGGCCUUGGAAAGGUCACAAAAUAUACCCAAACCAUCCUCUGAAUUCUCCCAUGCACAAAAAAUAUUUUUAAUAAGCUCAACCAAAGCGUCAGUUGUCGAGCGACCCCUAUAAUAUCCUCUUCUAAAUGUUCUUCUUUAACUUCCAUAAUUUCUACCUCCUCCUCCUUCCCUGGUUCGAUAUUUUCCAGAGUAAUCUCCUCUUCUGAUUCAAUACUUUCCACUGAAAUUUUUAGUAUUUGUAUUAUGCUAAUUUUCUUACGAGGGCGGCACUGAAAAUUUUAGGAAUCAAGGAAGUGACACAACAUUACUAUUUAAAAAUGUAUUUAUUGCUUUUCGAAGUAUUCUCCGCGAAAUUUGACACAUUUUUCCAUAUGAUGGAACUCUGUCCACGCAAUUUAUUCUUUAUUUUAGGGAAAGUAUAGAAAUCAUUAGGGCUUAGGUCGGGGCUGUACGGCGGAUGGUCUAAUAAUUCUGUUUUCUUGCUCUAAAAACUCUUUUGUUCUGUGUGUGGUGUGAGAACUUGCAUUUUCUUGAUGGAGGAUGAUGCGGCGGUUGCAGUUCUCUUUACGGAGUUCAGAAACGACCUGUGGCAAACAAAUGCUAGCAUACCAUUCUGCAUUAACCGUUCUUUGUCCGUCAAGAGGAAUAGUCGUACCAUGGCCGGUUUUGGAGACAAACGUGGCCACCAUUUUUGUUGCAACACUCCGUGAACGAACAAUUUUUGUUGGCUUUAACUCAUUUUCGAACACCCAAACUCGUGACUGGUUUUUGUUUCGAGUUCGUACGCGUAUAUCCAGGAUUCGUCACCUGAUACGAUGUUGUAUACAGCAUUUGAGGAUCCUGCGUGGAAUCUUUCGAGAGUUCUGACGCACCAAGUAACGCGAGCCGCUUUUUGCUCUUCACAGAGCGAAUGUGGUAUCCACCGGGAAAACAACUUUUUUACACCUAAUUGUUCAUGCAAUAUUGUUUGUAUUUGACUCAUGCCAAUGUCUAAAGUUGCCCGAAUUUCGCGGUAUAUCACAUGUCGAUCUUCCUCAAUCAGCUUACGCACAGCAUCAACGUUUUCUUGGGUGACUGCAGUUUUUGGACGACCUUGACGGGGAUCAUCACUGAGCUUGAAACGUUCACGUUGAAAUUCAGCAAACCAGCGAUAAAUUGUGGUUUGGAUGGGGCUUCAUCACCAAAUGCAAAAAUCAUCCGGUCAACACACUGUUUUUGUGUUAAACCACUUCGAAAGUCAUAAUAAAUCAUCGCUCUUGAAUUUUCUCGAGUCAAUUCCAUUUUCUCAACGACUAAACAAGUUUGACAAAACCUUGUGACAAGACCGAGAAUCUUUUUUUAAAUAAAUAAAUGGUAUUCGAUUUUUAAAACCAAGGAGUUUUCAAUUAAAAAGAUUUUAAUAUGACAGGAACAGUGGAAAUAUUCCAUUUCCGAUACUUUUAGUGCAGCCUAUCUAUUUAGGCCUUCUUUCUCGCCCCCCUUUGUUUACAGAAUGCACAUAAAUUAAUGAUAGUCAAUUGCUAUAGUACCAAUAUAAUGGUUUAAUAGUGACACUCACUUUAAGAGGCUUCCAUAUUAAAUAGUAUGGCAUGACUAUUAUCCCCACGGGAUAAGUCAAAAGCGACACUUGCUUUAUGAGUUUGUGACAUAUUGUAUCCAGGCAUAUUAUGACUGGCCGACUAAUCCCCACGGGAUAGUCUCAAAAGUUUAUACACAUAAAAUUUUAUGUUUUGGUUGGAGGAUAAGUAAACCUCAUUUUAAAUUCUUUAUAAAACAUUGACGGUCUAAAUGCUAAUUUUAAUUCCUUGUAUUAUAUACGCAGUGAAACCUUUUGUAUUAGAAUGAUAUGGUAGGUAGGUAUACACAGGUAGGUAUAGGUAUACACGAUUGACAUUAUGGUUCCUGUAAUUAUACCUAGCGGAACCCUUUGCAUUAGAAGCGUAUAUUUAUUAGAAGGUUUGGUAACCAUAGUUGACGUUAUAGAUGCUAAACUUAUCCAUGUAUUCACUGGGAAGCAAUAAUGAAUAACAUCUACGCUUAUCUGAAACAAAUAAUUAAUAUUAUGUUUUCUAAAUAACUAACACUGUUGCGGUAAACUCUACGUGUUUCUGAAACAGUUGCCGAGCUCCCCACAGGCGGUUCCAUUCAGUUUCGCAACAGAUGUUUACGAGUGUACACAUACUGCUUCGUUUUACUUGUUUAAAAAAUGGAUAUAGUGUGGGACGACGAAACAACUUUUAAAUUAAUAGAAAUAUUUGAAACAAAGAGUAUUUUAUGGGAUAGCUCAAGUAAACAUUAUAAAAAUAAUAUAAACAAAUGUGAAGCCUGGGAAGAUAUAUCAGCAGCUUUAGGAAUCUCAAUGCAAGACGCAAAAAGUAAAAUAAAUAGAUUGCGGUCCCAGUUUGCGAGAGAAAAAAAGAAGAUUCUAUCAUCGAUAACAACAGGAGUUGGGACCGCACAUUCCAAAAAAUCCAAAUGGAAAUUCUAUGAUGCACUAAAAUUUCUGUCGGAUGAAACUAUUAAGACAAGCGGUAGUGAAUCAGAUACCAUGAAUGAGACGGAAGAUGCUGCUGCCCAUCUCCUUAUUCAGGGUUGGCUCUUACGACCCCAUACGACACCUUCGGUACAAUAUGAGACAAAUCAAGAUGAUGUCCAGGAAACCGAGCAGCAGGAUGCCACGAUGUCAGCUCCGCAACCACAGUCAACACAGCAAGCACCAUCAAGUAGCCAGAAGACGGGCAAACGAAAAAUAGAUGAUAAUCUAAACGACUUAUUUAUAACUGUUAAAUCCGCGAAAGAAAAAAUGAUUGAAAUUAGAGAUGAGUAUGAUAUCUACGGUCAGUACGUGGCUUCAGAAUUAAGGGCGGCAAAAAAUGAGAAUGCAGUACUUCAGGCCAAAUCAUAUAUUAAUAACAUAUUAAUAGACAUGAGGAUGGGCAAGCUACACAGGUUACGGAUAUCAAAAUCUUCACGAAUCUAAAUGAAACUCAUGAAACUACAUCGUUAUCAGCAAAUACUGCAACACAAGAAUUUGUAUACGUUAAAGAACUAGUUCCAGAAAUGGAAUCAGUCAUGUAUAUACACAGUAAUCUAUAAGUCAAGUAGACUUUUCUUUAUCACUUAGCAAAUAAAAGGAUUUUGUUG